GCCAUUCUGUACUGAGGCCUAAGGGUACGUUAACAAAAAUUGCGGCAUGUAAUAGCAGAAUAAAACCAGAAGUGUAUAUUUGAUACAAUGUCCCAUGUUUUAUGGUGAGAAGUACAUUUAUUUUGGUAAUUCUACCCGUAUUUUUGCCUUAGUUAAUGAAAAAAGUAAAUAAACAGCAUGACUGCUGCUUUUAAUGAUGAUUUCGUUCGCCAAGUUGAGCAAAUGAGCAGGUUUCAGGAGCAAACUCACAAGCUAACCAGCAAAUGUUGGGAUUUAUGUGUCGAUAAACCAGAAACGCGCCUUGGAAGCCGUUCAGAGACUUGUCUUAAGAAUUGUGUUGAAAGAUUCAUUGACAUCAACAACUUUAUCACCAAUCGUUUUGAAAAGUCUCUCAUGGAGAAAAGAUCAUCGGACACUUCCUUUGAUUAA